CAUUAUUUAUACUAAGACUAUCAUGGGAUAAUUGUCACAUAAUUAUUCUAUGAUAGCGCGGAGUUUUGGUGCGUGUUACUUCUGCGGGCGCUGCAUACUUCGGUUCUGUUGGUGUCCUUCCAAAAAUAUUAGGAUUCCAGGUGAUGUGGUUUUCGUAGAAGUGUUUUAUUAGUCCUCGUUGCUGCAUUCUUUUUGCAGUACUAGCUUCUGCUAAUAACAGAUCGUACUCUGCUGAACACGUAGCCAGCUUGCUGAUGCCGCUACUUGAUCCUUUGGCGCGUGCUGAUUGUUUCUAGCUGUUGAUGUUGUAUGAGGAGGACAUAGGGUCUUAUCUUCCGCUACCUGCUUAUUGUGCUGCGUAUUGUGGUGGGAUACGUGUCAGUUGACGUCUCAUCCUUCCGUGUUUCAAUUUCGAUAUUCUUACAUUUUAAUUUUGUUCAAUAAUAAUGUUCUGUAAUAGUUUAUUAAAUUAUUGUGAUAUUGAAGUGUUUGUACGCACCGUAUCUCUUAUUCCUUUUAAGUUUUUCGUUUUUAAUUCCAUAUGCCUAUUGUUGCGGCUCGUGCUAUUCGUCAGUUACGGCGUAUCACGUUAUGGCGCGAAACGUGACAACAGAGUGUUUGUUUACACAUCCCUCAAGUUAAAGUUCCGCUGAACUAUUACUGUGCGCGAGCAAAUCUCCCGACACGAUUGAAAAUCGGACAGCUCAAGCAACAGGGUAUAUUGUGAUUCUAAAUCAAACUAAACGUGAGCGACAGCUUACCACAUACGAGUCGUAGAAAAGGAGAUUGUGACAUUCGAAGUGGGACUGCAAGUGUGAUGAUCCUGAAACAUGGAUACAAUCAAUAAAGAAAGGAAUGAAAAUACGAUCAGUGAAGGGUUGAAUAAGACGAGUACUCUCGAGGAAUUUUAUGCCGGUAGUGGGAUUCUUGUGACUGGAGCAACCGGUUUCGUUGGAAAAUGCCUACUGGAAAAACUGACCCGCAUGUGUCCUCGCAUCACUGCCAUUUUUAUAUUACUUCGUCCAAAAACGGACGAAACGAUAGAACAACGAUUUAAGAAGCUCAUAGAUGACCCCAUUUACGAUGACAUCAAAGCAAAACACCCCUCGGUUUUGAGCAAAGUUUAUCCCGUGAAAGGUGACGACAUUGCUUGUUUUUUUUAUAAAACUUUAAUAUGA